CUGGAACGACGAGUCAAGAAAGAGGAAAACAUUGAGAGGUACAAAAUAAAAACAACAUCAAUGUCAGUCGAACAAACUCCAGUGUGAACUGCGUCCAUAUUUCUAUUACUGUACGAUAGACAGAAGAAAAAAAUUCAUUGCAUUUUUUCGUCGAAGACAAAAUUCUCGGUUGGUGCACACUAUAGACGAUUGCUAUUGGCAGAAAAGUAUUUAUUACGGAUAAAACAAUAGAAUGGGAGCCGUUUUGGGCCUCGCAUCAGUUGCACAGCUGGCUUGUUGUUGUACCGGCACUGCUUGUUCGUUGUGCUGUGCAGCAUGUCCGUCAUGCCGAAAUUCCACAUCCACACGAUUGAUGUAUGCAAUUAUGUUGCUCAUCGGAGCAAUCAUCUCUGGCAUAGCUCUAGCGCCCGGGCUGCAAGAUUGGUUGAAAAAAGUCCCGUUUUGCGCCAAUUCCACGUCAACCUCAUCACAUUUUAUACCCAGUGAAGUGACGGCCGACUGUUCGGUGGCUGUUGGAUAUUUGGCCGUUUAUCGUAUCUGCUUUGCGUUUGCUUGCUUCUUUGCUCUGAUGGCGGUUAUAAUGAUCGGUGCACAAUCAUCACGUGAUGCACGGGCUGGCAUUCAAAACGGUUUCUGGGGCAUUAAAUAUUUGAUUGUAAUUGCAAUUGCGGUUGGAGCCUUUUUCAUUCCGAAUGGCGAAUUUGGUACAAUCUGGAUGUCGAUUGGGCUGAUCGGUGGCGUCAUAUUUAUUCUCGUUCAACUUGUGCUAUUGGUCGAUUUUGCACACAGUUGGGCCGAGACUUGGGUUGCCAAUUACGAGGAAAAUGAGUCACGUGGUUGGUACUGUGCUCUGUUAUCCGCUACUGCCAUUCAGUAUGUUGUAGCAAUUACUGGCAUUGCACUGUUGUACACCUAUUACAACUGCGGUGUUAACAUAGCAUUGAUUUCGCUCAAUUUAGUACUUUGCCUAUGUGUUAGCAUCCUCUCGAUUAUGCCCCAGGUGCAAGAACGUAUUUCACGAUCGGGACUGCUUCAAAGUUCCGUUGUCACAUUGUAUGUCGUUUACUUGACAUGGUCGGCUCUCUCUAACAAUCCCAACGAAAAAUGCCAUUCGGAAAUUUUCCCAUCUGGAGGUAGCAGCAAGAUUACAAUUGACAAAACCAGCAUCGUUGGUAUGAUAAUUUGGAUGGUUUGCUUGCUCUACAGUUCAUUAAAAUCGGCAUCGAAGGUGUCGGAGCUAACAGUGCCCGAUGUUGAAAAGCAAGUAUUAACAGCCAAAGAAAGUGGAGAGUCUCACAAACCGAUCGAUUCAGGUGACAAUGGCGCUAAAGUUUAUGAUAAUGAGGAGAAUGGAGUCGCUUAUUCUUGGUCAUUGUUCCAUGUCGUAUUCGUUGCUGCCACACUCUACAUUAUGAUGACGCUUACCAAUUGGUACCAGCCAAAUUCCAAACUCGAGACAUUGAACACGAAUGCAGCUUCAAUGUGGAUUAAAAUCGUUUCCAGCUGGGCAUGUGUUGGCCUGUACGGAUGGUCAUUGAUCGCACCAAUCGUAUUAACAGAUCGUAUCUUCGAAUAAAGUACUGAAUAUUUGAGAUUAUGAACAAAUGCUAUACCAUUUUUUUUAUGCUUAAAUCGCAUACAUUACACUAAAUAUACAGCUUAAAACGAUCACCAUAGAACAGUUUAACCAAAAUGAAACUGAAUGUAUGUCAUUAUUGGAAAUUAAGAAAUGGAUUUUUUUUAGUUGAACUUAUUCAAUUCAAUUUAUUAUUAUAAGCAUUACAAUCAAUGUUUUGACAUAAGUAGGGAGAACAGAAAAAAAGAACGAUCUAAAAAGUCACACUUAAUGUACUUUUCAUUUAUUUGUAAACCUUCUAAUAAAGUUAAGUGUGAACCAUA